AUCUGGCUGCUAACUUAUCUCUCAAUCACCUGCGGUCCAAUCGGUCCUGCGAGCUUCCUUCCGGUGAGGACUGAUUGUCAUCAGCCAUAGAGCACUGACAGUGAUUUCUCUUUAAUAGCCGAUCCGCCGUUGUCACCAGUCGCCGCCAUAACUUGCAGUUUGAUACCCAGCAGACCGAACCGUGCGACAGCUCUGACAGCUACUGUCACCCUCAGUCAAAAUAAUAACAUCCCAGCAAUCAGCUGGAGAUGAAAGAGCGCCGGCUUCCUGUUUGCGCGCGCACGGGAGCGAAACUCUGCCCAACAUUUGCCGAAGUUGGAACUGAAAGAAAGAGUUGGGGAAAGUUGCAGGUGAUCCGUACCAGAAAUAAAGGUUGCAUUGAAAAUAAAAUUUCCAGACACAUAACAGGUGCAAAAUGAGACGUUUGGUGAAGAAAUGUUAUGUUUAAAACAGAAAGCUGUAUUUACGCAGCUCAGGAAGCGGAUUGGAGAAAGAAAUCCUUCUGAAGAGGGGAAUGUGUUUGUCUUUAGUGAAUCCAGGGCUGUGGAUCAUUCAUCACAAAAUUUGCCAACCACGAAGCAGAUUCCUUCCAACAGUAAGAGUACGCUGCAAUUUAAUGGUGGGAGUGUGAGGUGGACCGGCCCCGGGGCGACGGGGCCCCUCCUCGCAGCAGCUGUUGCCGCAGAUAGCCUCUCCUGGCCCGCUCGCCUCCGAGGGGGAGCUCUCCCCCAUUAUCUAUCCCCGGAGACGGGGAAAAACAAAACACUGUCACCAUUAAACAUAUUCCCUGUCACGGCCCGGAGAAAGCAGGCCCAGGUCGUCGUGAUGGACCCCGAAUGCGCUGCCAUAUCAAAACACAGGCUCUGGAGGACACAGUUCUAUGAAGACAUAUUGGUUUGUGAGGGCUUUGUGUUCAUUAAAUACAUCUGCAAUGGUCACCCCAUCCCUGAGAGCCCCCCACCACCCACAGGUGUCAACUCCCACCCGCACCCCCCGUCUUUUCCUCCGUCGUUAGAUAAUCUGCCGCCCCACCUCGCCUCCCCCUCCUGCUGCUCGUCUAAAAAGGAACCCCAGCUUCCCCACCACCCCCUUGUUAAAUCCUCUCUUCCUCUUCCUCGCCUCCCCUGCUCCCAUCACUCAGCACCUGUGAGGAUCCCACUGAGAGGAGAUAAGGACCUGACGAUCUGA